AUGCCCCAACUCCCUCGCUAUGAGUACACCGGUCCUGUGGACUGCAGUGUUCCACCAGAUCGCAAAGUACUCAAGGAUAAAAGCGUCAUAAUUACCGGUGGAGCAAAUGGUAUGGGCGAAGAGACCGCACGCGCUUUUGCAGCAAAGGGAGCUUUUGUGACAAUCGCCGAUCUUGAUGAGAUUCGAGGAAACGAAAUUGCAGCAGAGUUGAGCCCGAAUGCACAGUUUGUGAAAUGUAACAUUACAUCUUGGGAGGAUCAAGUGGCUAUGUUUGAAGCGGCCAUAGCAAAUUCCCCACAUAAAAGCUGUGAUAUUGCGAUUGCGAAUGCUGGAAUCAGCAGAGCUUCUGGGGAUGAUCUAUGGCCAUUAGACGAUCCGAAUGAAGCACCUAUCAAGCCCAAGCUUAAUAUCGUCAAUGUGAAUCUCAUUGGCACAAUGUACACAUGGAAGUUGGCAGUGCAUUACUUCCGUAAACAACCCGAUACCGAAGACAGAGACCGAUGUUUCAUUAUCACUGGAAGUCUAGUUGCUUGGAUUGAUUCUCCGGCAAAUUGGCAAUAUACCAGCAGCAAAUACGGACUCAGAGGGCUGAUGAGAGCAGCUCGCCGAAAUUCUCAUGAGCAGGGUAUAAGAAUCAACUAUGUGGCUCCAUGCUAUAUCAAGAGUGCCAUUCGGUCGGCCGCAUACGAAGCUCAGCUCAUUUCUAAAGGCGUUGAGUUUGCUCUGCCUAGCGAUGUUGCUAUGUGCCACUCACUCAUGGUCACACCACGGACUGUUGCCAAGGAAGGAUUCAAAGAUGUUGAUAUGGACGAUCAUGUUGAGGACGGAUACUUUAAGCGGAAUCAAGAGAUACAGCUCAGCAUAAUCGAUGAGAAAUGGGAGCCUGGAUGGAGCAAAGAGAGGACUGUGGAGGGUGUGAAGAAGGCAUAG